UCGACACGGGCUGUAGAAUGAAUUGAGCUGCAGAAUCAAUUAGUCACACCUCCUCAGAAAAUCAUUGAGAAGAUAUUUGAUUUCUUCAUAUCUUGAUUUCUCGAUCUCAAUUGUUAAUCUCGGAGGAAUCUCUAUUGCUAUUCUCGACUUGCGAUUCGCUAAUCUCUAAUCUCGACUGCUACUCUGUUCUGCCGACUUGUAUGUGCUCUGCUAAUCUGAAAUUAGGGUUUCUUUGCUGGGUUUCUGCUAAUCUGAACUGCUACUCUGUUGUGCUACUCUAUUGUACUUUGCUUGUUCUUUGCUGGGUUUGCUAGGUUUCAAUUCGCCGGGUUGUGAAAUUAGGGUUCUUUGUCGGGUUUCUGGUUGUGAUUGGAAGCUAUAUUCAUGGCUAUCAGCAGGAGCCAAAGCCUAAAACGCAGAGAUCCGAGUUUGCACUAACUAUCUCUUCAGUCCCUGCUCCUAAUCAUGCUUAUGCAGGAAGUAUUGAUUCAAUAUAUAAUCUUGCGAUGCAAAGCAUCACCCCUCCUUCAUAUCAUGGAAUCAAUGGGAAUGCAGGUAAUUCUGUUAGUGGCCCAAGUAUUCUUGCUGCGGAAAAUAAUAUUUCUAGUAUCAGGUAUCAAAUUGGGGGUAGCAAUCUUUGUUCCAUUACAAUAUACAGUUACUAUUUAAGCGUUAAGUUUCAGGGUGAAAAGUGUAAAGGGUGCAAAUAAACAACAAUUCCCGUACGAGGUGCUUAUCUUAUUGUUUUAUACUUCCACCUAUAUUUAAGAUUGAUUAUCACUACAAGUGGUGUUAGUGCUGACUUGGGUCUUUUUAGUUUGUUUUCCAGACGAAGUAAAUCAGUCCAUUGUAAUAAGUGGUGAAAGUGGAGCCGGAAAACUGAAACGGCUAAGAUAGCAAUGCAAUGUUGGGCUGCACUUGGAGGCGGAAGUGGCAUAGAAUACGAAAUAUUAAAAACUAAUCCUAUUCUGGAGGCCUUUGGUGAUGCAAAGACAUCAAGAAAUAACAACUCUAUUCGAUUUGUAAGUCAUACUUUUUUACAUGGACAUUUAAACUUAAUCCAUGAAGUCAUGUUGGCAAUGUAGUGGAAUUGGUCUUUCCUGGGCUACAACCUGCAUCCAUUUGUUUUGGGUGCCACCGGGUGCUUUUUAUUUAUAUUAAUUUUUAAUACAUGUUAUUACAUUUGAAAUGUAUCUAGGCUGAUUUUUUUUGUCUUUUUGUGCUCUCUUGCUAUCAUUCUGGAUCGUGAUUCUUGGUUCACACAGUUUUACUUGAGAAGGCAAAUCUUUGAUACAUGGAUCAUGCAUUUUACCAAGCCUUCUUCUUAACACAGCACACUAACUUUCAAUUCUUUUAGUAAUAGCAUUACUAUUAGUUCUACUAUUUGCCGCCUAUGCUGUUGUAACUUGUAUGCAUCUUAGUUUGAGAUAUGCUGCUCCAAAGAACAUUGAUGGAACUGUAUAUUUGUAAUGGAAAUAACAAUUCGGCAUCAUAAUACCUUGUAAUUCUACCUUAAGUCAGUUCUAUAAUAUGAUUUUAUAUGGUGGUCUUGACUCAUUGUUAGUUGCUUCCAUUGCAGCUCGUCAUUUUGCAGGCACUAAAUCUACCAAACUAUGUGAAGCACAGCUUCAAUCCUUCUGUGUUGGCCUUGAUGUAUAUCUGUUGCCUUUAAUAACAGAUUACAUUAAAUUGUUUUUGAGUACUUUAGUCUUCUUGUGCUUCACAUCAUUUAUGGGACAGGGGUCACCAGAUUUGAAGGCUGGAAAGGAAGUUGCUGAUUAUUUGGAAGUGCUCACCAAGAGUUUCACUUCACUGUUCAGGUCCCUGGCCAUCAGAAAAGGUUCUUGCUUAUUGCUAUGGCCGCUGAAGCUUCGGAAGUUAAGUAGUGGAUUGUAUCCUUUUCACUUUGUCAUGUGCAGCUCCAUCCUGUUACUAAGGAGCAAGUUGAUAGCUCCAUGGACAGGAUCAGAAGUUAAGGUACUUGUUAAAUUCAUGGUUGGAGAGGAAGAUGCGAAUGGUUCUAAUUUUUUGGUCAUGCAGGACGCUGAAGAAAAUUGAUACUGCAUUCAAAUGUAUAUCAAAUGUAUAAAUUUGGCUAUUAAUUGUUAAGUUUUCAUUACAUAUUGCUCUUUGUAGAGGCAUAUUGUUCCAUGUAAUAAUCAACUAUGUAAUAUUUUUUUCUUAAUAAGAUCCAAUUGAUGGUUUA